UGGAGGCAGCUUGGCAACUGAGCAGUUGGGAUCGAUUGACAGAAGCACUUCAGGCCCAGGAUCAGAUUGACACGAAGGACUUUCAGGUUCAGUUGGGUGACAUCUUGCUGCAACUUCACGAGCGCAAUGAAGUGAAACUCCAACAACGUCUCCAAGAAACAACUGUCGAGGUCGCCCAUGCUGCCUCACUAGCAGCACAAGAUUCGUACACGAGGGCCUACCAGCACCUCCUGCGCCUUCAUUUGCUCUCUGAUUUGCAUUGGUUGACACAGAAGCAACAGGAGCCUGGCAUUGCUCAAAACCUCCUCACACGAUGUGACAUGUCCAGGCCGUCUUUUGGUGCAAGACAAGCAUUGCUUGGGCCACUAAAAGUGGCACUACAGGACAUGAAUCUCCGAGACGAAGCAAAGGCAGUCGAAUUGGCAUUUUCUCGGCUUUGUCGGAAACAUGGCGAGCCCGUUGCAAUGGAACAUCCAGACACCAGCUUUCAAGGCACCUCAAAUGAACUCCGCGCGUCUGCGCAGCUCGAAUGGGGUAAGAUCCUGUACGCGAGUGGUGCCAAGCACGAUGCUCUGCGACACAUGCUGCAGCUCUCCAGCUCUUGUCCUCGCGCGCAGCUCUUGGGUGCACGUUGGGCUGCCGAUGCUUCGCUGCUGCUUCCUCGUGUUGCAGAAGCCGAAUUUCAACAGGCAAAGGAGAGGCUGAACAAUGAGGCUGCUUUCUUCCACCAUGCAUCUUAUUUGGACUACCUCCUCAAGAGUCAGAUUAGCGAAGCUGCUCGAAGCAUGUCACAAUCUGCUCCAGCCGUCAAAAAGCUUCGGACAGCAGCGCAUGCCCCUUUUGACAGAAAGAAUUUGGUGACGUUCACCUUCCGCGGCUAUUUACAAGCCUUGCAGAGGGGUACCAAGCGACUUCACUUCAUUUUGAAUCGUCUCUUGCAGCUGGCAUGGGAAUGCUGUGAGGUGGACGUUCAAAAGCAAGAUAUGGUUGCAGAGUUUCAGCAAGAGGCCGCGAAAAUACCACCUUGGAUGUGGUACUCUGUACUCUCUCAGCUGAUCAGUCGUGCUCUUCAUCCUGACUUGAAGAAGACAUUCACUGACAUCAUCAAGAAUGUGACCAAAGAAUAUCCUCAGCAAGCAGCCUGGCACCUGGUGCAGCUCCUGAAUUCCACAAAUCCGGAUGAUCGGAGUCAUAGAGAGCUGGGCCAAGAUAUUGUGAGCGACGUUGGGAGGCAGAAACAUGACCUUCACAUCUUGCUCACGACAAGACGGAAGAUUGCAGAGGACUUUGGAAAGCUGGCAAGCACGACGGGCGAAUCCAUCUCCAUACACUUUGCAAGGGACUUCCCUCGCCUCGUUGGCAAUGGAACACAGGCAGAAAAAUGGCAAGUUUUGGUGCCGCUGCAGAGCCAGAUGACAGCCACGAUUCCAAGGCUUGAUGGCUCUGCGCUACGGGAUGCAAACGGCAACCAUUUCUUCCCAGAUGUAAUUUUGUCCACUAGGUGUUUGGAGCAGGUGGAGGUUUUCAGAUCAAAGGAAAAACCCAAGAAAGUCAUCUUCUUGGGCUCCGAUGGUCGGCAAUAUCCUUUCCUUUGCAAAGCAGAGAAGCGGGGAGAUUUGCGCAAGGAUUCACGCUUGAUGGAGUUUGCGGCAAUGGUCAAUCAACUCUUGGCAAAGAGCCCUGAUGCAAAUCGCAGGAACUUGGCUGUUCGAACAUUCCAUGUCGUCAUCAUUUCGGAGAAGUGUGGCCUACUGGAAUGGGUGCCAAACACCAAAGGCCUACGACACGUUAUUGAUGAUCUUUGGAAAACUCGCAAGCAUGCUCGUCCAAGCCUGCCUCAGAUAAAAGACAUGUUUGAUCGCAGCAAGGAUCCCUACGAGACCUUCACCAAGCAAGUCCUGCCUCGCCAUCCUCCAGUGCUUCACAAGUGGUUCCUGAAGUGCGGAGACCCCUCGGUUUGGUUUGCGAAGCGAGUACUGUUCAGCCAGUCCCAGGCGCUCUGGUCCAUGCUUGGUUAUUUGGUGGGCCUUGGCGAUCGUCACGGCGAAAAUAUUCUGCUCGACACUGACUCUGGAAGGCUUGUACAUGUUGACUUCGACUGCCUUUUUGGCAAAGGUCUGCUCUUGGAACGGCCAGAAAUGGUGCCUUUCCGUUUGACCCAGAAUUGCGUUGCUGCCAUGGGUAUCACUGGCGUUGAAGGUAUUUACCGGCAAUGUUGCGAAGUGACAAUGGAGGUUCUUCGAGAUCGUGGCAACACCCAAACCUUGCUCUCUGUGCUUCACGUGUUUGUGGCUGAUCCGUUGCUGGAAAUAACAAAAAAGGUGGCAGCCUCUGAGUUGGCGGAACACCGAGUUCAGACAGCAAGAUACACCAUCAGCGAAGUCGAGAAAAAAUUGAACGGGAUGCUCAAUGUUGGUGCAGCAGUCGAGCCUAGCAAAGACAAUCGGGAGUCGGUGCUUUCCAAAGAUGAGCGCAAGCAGAGUGCUCUGGGUCGCGACAGAGGUGUUGGUCUUUCUGUGAAGGGGCAAGUUGACGAACUCAUCAAGGCUGCAACAUGCAAGCGAAACCUGAGCGAGAUGUACGUAGGCUGGCAACCAUGGCUUUGACGCCGACUUGUGAAUCGAGGCAAAGCCUCCAUGGCCAAGGAGUUUGCCAUGAAACAUUGUGGCCAGGUGUGGCAAGUUCUCUGCCAGCGCAUUGUGUUUGGCAGGAACGUGACUUUGUGACAGAGUCACUUUCCAGGACGAUCUAGGAAACGCCUUGCCCCCAUCUGAAAUUUGGCAAUGGGCCAGAAAGCCAUAGGAAGCAAUGGAAAGCCAAAGAAGCAACGUUGCUUUAGGGAGCUUCAGUGUUUCCAGUAUCUUGGACUAAAACGUCGGUUUUUUCAUGCGUUCUUCUGCUUCACUACAGUGCUGACCGUGACAGCAAGCCUGGCUUUGGACACUUUGGAUGUCCUUGCUCAAGCUUUUCAGGACAAAGCCUGAAAAAGUAGGGGGAGAUGUACAUAGUCACAACAAUGGAACUGGAUUAGCUGCCUGUCAAUCCAAUAGUGUC